UGUAGCUAUAUUAGCUUAACUGGCUAAGAACCGAGAGAAAAGCGUCUGAAGUUUGUGUAAAACAAGGAUUUAAUAUUUAAUUCAUUACCAGUCUUUUGGAAUAUAUUACUCCUGCAUAUUUAUUUUGGAUGGUUGUGAUUAUUUCUAGACGAAAUUCACGUCACCGAACGUAAUUAGCCUUUAUUAGCAACAUGACUAGACUUUCACCUGAAGAAGAGAAUCAGUGUUUUCGAUGUAGAUGCGUUUAGUAGUUCACAGUUCAGUUAUUUAAGACAAGUCCACAUGCUGAGAUUGUGAGACUGUGCGAGGAGAACCACAUCGUCUGUGGACACCACCUCUAACGUUGUUGUCCAGCUGAGGAUCGAGAGACUGGGGACGCCCAGAACUACUGAUCAAGACAUCAGACUCUGUUCUGGAGGAUCGAUUCAGCUCUGCGACAGGCUGAAACGGAAAUACAGAAGAUACGGCUUGUUUGACUGAACAUGUGAGGGUUGAAGACAAGGACUGUGAACAGGAGAAUCCCAGGUGGAGCGAGGAUUUGUGAGAUGAUGAAGGUUGAAGCAGAAGAACCUGGGUUCAGUUUAGAGACCCCCCUACCUGCAGCAUCCACAUCAGACCUGGAGGAAGCACAGGAGGGCAAGAAUCCCAACUAUCACAAGUUGGUGAUCAAAGAAGAGGUCUUCCCAGACGGGAGCUCCAGUUUAGAUCUGCAGGACCCAGGACACCCCCGCAUAAAGGAGGAAGAUGAGGAACUGAGGAUUAGUCAAGCUAAAGAACAGCUUACUGUGAAGAGUGAGGAUGAAGACAAACCUCGGUUAUCAAAGCCUAAUGAAAUCAAAACUGAAGACAACAGAGAGACCGAAGCUUCAACCAGCGGCUCAACUGAACAGAUAGAAAUAGAACUAGAUGGAGAGGACUGCAUAGAACCAAAACCACGCGGAAACCUGGGUCCGGCCUGUUCUCAAAAGAACAAGGCAACGAUUCACAAUAAAGGUAAAAGAUCUAAACUGCAUUCAAAAUUCACAGGACAGAUUGGAGUUCACCCUGGAGAGAAGCCAUUUGGGUGCAAUGUCUGUGGUGAACGAUUCAAAAAGAGGUCUCAUGUUAAAGUGCACAUUAUGACACACACAAGAAAUGAAGAACAUGGCUGCGAUCUUUGUGGGAAAGUAUUUAAAAAAAAGAGUUACCUUCAAAUACAUAUGAGACUUCACACUGGUGAGAGACCAUUUGCCUGUGAUGAUUGUGGUAGAACAUUUCAUAGAAAAACCAUUCUUAAGAACCACCUGGCAGUCCACUCAGGAGAAAAACCGUUUUCCUGUGAUGUCUGUGGUACAAGAUUUAAAAGAGAAAAAUCUCUCAAAAACCACAUAUGGUUGAUUCACACUGCAAAGAAGCCAUUUUCUUGUACUGUUUGCAGUAAAAGGUUUUCACAAGAAGAACAUCUGAAGAGUCACAUGGGUGUUCACACAGGAGAGAAACAGUUUGUGUGUGGCUUUUGUAGUAAGGGAUUUUCACUAAAAUCAAACCUAAAGACACACAUGCGUGUUCACACUGGAGAGAAACCCUUCACCUGCAAUAUUUGUGGUAAGGAGUUUUCAAGACAAGAUCAUCUAAAGAGUCACAUUCGUGUUCAUACGGGAGAAAAACAAUUUAUUUGUGGGGUUUGUAAUAAAGAAUUUGCACUAAAACAGAAUCUGAAGACACACAUGCGUGUUCACUCAGGGGAGAAACCAUUCACUUGCAGCAUUUGUAGUAAAGGAUUUUCUCAACAAAAUCGUCUCAAAAGUCACAUGAGUGUUCACACAGGAGAGAAACCUUUUGUCUGUAGUGUUUGUAAUAAAGAAUUUUCGCAGCAGCGCAAUCUAAAAAUUCAUAUGCACAUACAUACAGGGGAGCAGCCAUUCCUUUGUAGCAUCUGUGGUAAGGGAUUUUCAUUGCAAAGGAAUCUUAAGAUUCACAUUCGCGUUCACACCGGAGAGAAACCGUUUGUUUGUCAUUUUUGUAGUAAAGGCUUUUCACGACAAGAUUAUUUAAAAAGUCACAUGCGUAUUCAUACAGGAGAGAAACCAUUUGUUUGUGGUGUUUGUAAUAAAGGAUUUACGCAACAACAAAAUCUGAAAAGACACAUGGAGGCUCACACUCCAUAAUUCAGGUGGAGCAAAUGUUUAGGUGGGGGAAAUAAAGACAAAUCAAAAUGUGCAACUCCUUUCAGGGGUGCACUAAUUUUAUUGUAAUAUGUGUAAAUUCAGAAGAAAUCAAACAUCUUGAAUUUCACAUGAUAUGUAGUCUCUACUAUGGUGCAUUUCUCAAGCUGGAAAUCUAAAAAGAUCAAUGUUCUAUCUGGAGAUGUUUCAGUUAAAGUGAAACAGUAGACUUUGGUUCUGAUAAAUGGCGAAUUUAACUACAAGAACCUUCCAAUCAAUCAAAUGUUUAACCACAAGUAAGAAAGCAGUUUUGGUUCUGAUUUUUGUAAAGCAAAAUGUCCAUACCUUUUUCAGGACUCAGAGCUUUUAUUGUGUCCAUCAUUUUUUAACAAUCGUUCCCCAGUCCAUGAACCACACUGACCAGGAGGUUUGAAAUAUUUUCCAGCUUUAACAAACCUGGGGUUAAAUGAAAAUGACGCAAACAUCUUCAAACGUUUGUCAUAAAUAGUGAGAUUGAGGGGAGGGCACUGACUGAUUUUCGUUUUAUUUGAGCAGUUUUUAAAGUUUAUUCAAUCCUAAGUGUGAAUAUUAAGAGGAUUAUUUUUUUAUUUUUCUACGUACUUCUGGAUCACUGAGCUCCUAACAACAGAAUCAAAAGGUGGCAGCAACUGUCAGUAACUACAGCUCCUCAAUGAUGUACUUACAAACUUCUCUGCAGUUUAGAUGCACAUGUAAAUAAAUGCAAUGGCGCUAGAAUCCUGUGAGCUCUGAAACAAAUAGUUUCACUUUGUCCUGAACAUCAUGUCUUUCUGACUCCUGCAAAGUGAAUGUUUGUGAGCAGAUAUUGAUGUUGACAUCUUGGCAGAACUUGAUCACUAUAGCUUGUCCUUCCCGUUUUCCUCUUCAUAGAAAAAAAAACAUUUUUAUGUCACCUUGUACAAAAUUAUGUGCUUUACUGAAAAGGUUUAUUAAAAAAACAAAAGACACUUUUGCCUAGGCAUAAAUCAGUGACGUGCGGUGAGCUUCAUGGCUGGCGAGGUACUGACUUUAUAAAAAACAAUAGACUCCCUGCAUGUUAUUGUUUACAUAGGGAUCUUUCGCGCAUGCAGACAACAUUGAAGGGCAAAAGAACUAUUUUCACAUGCCAUCCAUCGCCGCGCUGCCACGGUAGAAUAUUCUGUUAACUCAAUGAAACUUGGAAAUAUAGAUAUUAUUUUAGUGCUAUGCUCUUUUUAUAAUAAAUGUAAUUUAUGUUUAUGUUUAUUCAGUAAAUGUCCUGAGGUUAGUCUUCUUAAUCAGGGCCAUGAAAACACAGUGAAAUUAUAUUAAAACAAUUUUCCAAAUAAGAAUUUGUUUCACUUCUUUCCCAUUUGUGCGCUUUGUUCUGAAAGGUUGAAAGAGGAAGUAGAAAUAGCUAUGGUUACAUUAGAGAUCUCUCAGAUUCUCCAUUUAACGAUUAUUACCAUUGGUAGCUUGCUGCACAGAAUGUCAUUAGUUUUAAUGAACAAAAUGAAUAGACUUUUUGCUAAAAUAGCAGAGACUGAAUGAGUGUUUGUGACAUUGAAGUUUUUAAAAGUUCAGGCUGUGGCGCUUUACAAGUCGACCCCGAGUUUAUGACACUGGGAAAACUACCUCACCAUGUUCCUUAAAAUAAAAUACAUUGUUUUAGAUCAAUUCAAUUUUUUUUUAUCACAGUACACUUUAAUAUGUAUUUUUCAGAUUUAUUUAAAGUGAAAUAAUGGAGACUCAGGUCCAUAUAACACAGACACUCAUAAAAUUAAGUAUAACUUAUUUAGGACUGGCUUGUUUAAAUGGGAUUUUUUAAAAUAUUUUUUAAAAUGUCUGCAUAAUGGUAUAAUUGAAAAGAAUGAAGUGAAAUUCGCCUAUUGUGUGAAGGUAGCCCUUUACAAGCUUCACAUGUAGAAUAUUUUUAUUUUGGGUAAUGUUAUCAAUGAAUGUCACCAAAAGUAGAAAAGCAACCUAAGAAUAUAAAUGCUCAUGUAAAUAGAAGAAUAUCAUUUUGUUAAUUACACCUCAAAUAAUGGCUUGUUAAUAAACCUGAGAAGAGGUUGUUU